CUCAUUUUCCCUUCAUAUAAAUAAAUCACUCAUUCUUUUUCUUCAGGGGAAAAAAAAAAUAGAGAGUGAAGAAGAGAGAGGAAAAUCUCUACUCUUUUCUCGCUUCAUUCCAGAUUCGUUCAAUUUUCGAAUCCAUGGCAAAGUUUCAAACCUAAUUCGCUUUCAAAUUUCAAUUCAUUCUCAAAUCAUGCACUUCAUUUUAAUUAACGAUUUUUAUUGAGGUUGAGGUCAACAAGGGAAGCUAAUAGCUGAGACUCAGUUUCACAGCAAAGUGAUUCUUUUAUUGGACAAUGGCUUAUAUACUGAUAUUGCUGUGAUUUCUACCGUUGCAUUGUAAACUUAUCAUCUUUAAUGAUGUGGAAUUUCGCAUCACAUGCCCUUACGAGCAUUGGAAUGAAAAGAAGCUCGACAGAGCCAAUCCUAAGUUGUGCAGAAUGCUCAGAUGAUGAGGUCUGCUCUAAUGCGAGCAAAGAUGAAGGGCUGGAAUGCCCAAUAUGCUGGGAAUCUUUCAAUAUAGUUGAGAAUGUGCCUUAUGUCUUAUGGUGUGGCCACACCCUUUGUAAAAAUUGUGUCCUAGGACUUCAGUGGGCUGUGAUGAAAUUUCCUACUCAACAAAUCAGGAUUCCGUUCUUCGUUUCUUGUCCAUGGUGCCACCUACUAUCAUUCCGGUUCAUCUACAAGGGAAAUAUGAAAUUUCCUCGCAAGAAUUUCUUCCUUCUUUGGAUGGUUGAAAGUCUAAAUGGUGAUAGACAUAAGGCUGUUUCUGCUUCUGUGGACAGCCAGCCAAUUUGGUCUCCUAAGGUCAAUCUUUUGGGAAGUCAAGGUACUGGUUGUAGCCCCAGUAGGUCCUCAAGUAGUCAUUGUUCUGAACAAUUGGGAUCUAACAAUGCUGUUCGUGGAAGUGAUAGAGAGAGACACUAUUUUUCCCUUCAUAAAUCUCUGGAUUUCUUCCUUCACUUUACAUCCAAGUUUCCAUUGGUCAUCAUUUUCCUUCUGAUAGCCUUUUUUGUAAUUCCCUGCAGCAUUGUUAUUUUAAUCAUUUACUUCCUACUCACUAUUAUUUUUGCUAUCCCAUCAUUCAUAGUAUUGUACUUUGCAUACCCUACAAUCCAGAGAUUGGUUAGAGAAAUAACUUCGUAAGAUGAAGACUUGCUCCUACAGUCAGUUCUGGUGGUUUAAUCCAACUUAUCGGAAAAAAAAAACCUUUGGAUUGAAAGUUCUACCAUGUGGUAAUUCCGUUGUUAUUUUUAGGUUUUCAUACUUUUACGAUUUAUUUCUUGUGUAGUUUUUUGUGUCAUUUUCAUAUCUACUAAUUAAGAGUAAUUUUAUUCUUUUGUCAGUUGUAAUUUUCGUUUUCCUGAAGUGAAGUUUAACUGUUGUACAAAGAAGUCUUACAUGCUAAAAGUUUAUGUGCAAAAUUACUAUUGUUAUGUGAAUACUUGUAGAAUGUUUCUUGCAUUAUCUCUUAAGUAUGGGCUUAAUUUGAUUUUA